AUGGAGUUCCUGCUGGGAGGCCUCUCAUCAUGCAGUGCAGUGCUGUUUACAUUUCCGUUCGACGUGCUGAAGACCCGUCAACAGCUGUCGCAUGAGCUGCUGGCCAAGAACCAUACCCAGCAUAGUGCUUAUCGUAGCCUUGGACAAUCGAUCGCCAGCGUGAUCAAAUCCGAUGGAUUGCGUGGCCUGUAUAAAGGCUUGUCAGCGGGGAUGUUGUAUCAAUUUUCGAUGAACAGCGUUCGUCUGGGCACUUAUCAGACAAUUGAUAAUCUCGGUUGGAUUCGCAGUGAGAAUGCUAUGCUGACCCCGUUCUUAUCAGUGUUUUGGGGAGGCAUUGCUGGGGUGGUUGGUGCGACAGCAUCCUGUCCGGUGUUUGUUAUCAAGACGCAGCAACAGGCAUUCAGUAGUGGAAGCUACACGACAAAGUUUCAGCACAAACAUAGUGGAGUAGUGGCCGCUUUCCGCAAUCUAUAUCGCGAUGCUGGCAUCAAGGGAUUGUACAGAGGCUACACAGCCCAUCUAACGCGAGUAUCUUUGGGAUCAUCUGUUCAGAUGACGUCGUUUGCGGUGAGCAAGGAUUUCUUUACGAAGUACGAACUAUUCCAGGAGUCGGUUGUUUUGACUGCGCUGGCCUCCAGUACAGUGGCUGGCUUCAUCAUGUCCGUUUCGAUGUCUCCGGUAGAUGUGGUCACGACGAGAAUGACGAACCAAGGUGUAUCGUCUUCAGGAAAAGGACUAUUGUACAAGAGUAUUUUGGAUUGUUUUGUGAAAACGUAUCGAGCGGAAGGCAUUGAUGGAAUGUAUAAAGGUUUCGUUCCAUUAUAUAUGCGAGUCGUUCCCCAUACAGUUCUGAAUUUGACGUUUUGGGAUUUCUUCAAAAGUCUUAAUGAUCGGUACUUGUAA